AUGGGUAAUGGCAUGAACAAGGUGCUGCCGGGGGUGUACAUCGGCAACUUCCGAGACUCCAAAGACCCCGAGCAGCUACAGGCCAACAACAUCACUCACAUCAUAUCCAUCCACGACACGGCCAGGAAGCUGCACGAGGACAAGGAAUAUCUCUGCAUCCAGGCUUCAGACACCCCCGGCCAGAACCUGUCGCAGUUCUUCUCCCAGUCCAAUGACUUUAUUCACCACGCUCGAAUGGAAGGCGGCAACGUCCUUAUCCAUUGCCUCGCAGGAGUUUCCCGAAGCGUGACGAUCGCCGUAGCCUACGUGAUGUCCGUGACCAGCCUCAACUGGCGUGAAGCACUCAAAGCCGUGCGUGGAGCCCGGAGUAUCGCCAAUCCGAACUUCGGGUUCCAGAAACAACUGCACGAGUACGAGUGCAAGAAACUGCACGAGGAGCGCAAGAGGCUACGGCAGAAGUUCCCGCGCGAGAGCUUCUGUGAGGACGAGCAGGAGUGCCGCAAGCUGCUGGCGGCCUACCACAACUCGGUGCGGCCCUUGGAGCCCAGCCCAAGCAUAUGCCGGCGCACGCAGGGCUUGACGCCGCCUUCGUCUCCCCGAAGGCGCCGCCACCGCAGCCCGUCUCCGUCGGCAGGCCCCUCAACGAGCUACGCCAGGCCGCCCUGAGUGCGGUCCGGACACCCGAAGGGUGGUUGCAGCUCGC